AUGUCAAAUCAGCCUGGAAAUGGGCAGCUGGAGAAUGCGACAGAAUGGGGUUUUGAAUGGGAAGUCUUCACGGCAGUUUUCCUUGCGCUCAUUGUUUUGGUUUUUCAAUUGCGGGGUCAGGUGAAAGGCCUCCAGCGGCAGAUGCCAGAUGCUCAGAGUGAGUUGCAAUGUAAAGUUGGAAAACUGGAGAGUGCUGUUUCAGCACUCACAUGUGAGAAGUUGAAAAUGGAGAAAGAAGUUGCAGAGCUGAGAGCUGAAUGUCAGCGUGCAAAAGCCAAGCUCAUCCAGAAAGACUUUGUGCACAUUGCUGUGAGUGACAAUAGCACCAACUUGUUCCAAAAUUCUGUGUCAAGAGCUGUCAUGGCUGGCGCAGCAGCUUUUGAGUUCAUGCUGCAGAAGACCCAGCUCUCGCGUUCCGAUGUGUCUGAGGCAGCCAAACUUCAGGGAAGUGAUGUGAAAGCUCAAACCAAAGUUCUUGAUAUGGACUGGUGCCCUACUCUGGAGGAAGUGAAGAUGCAUGAUGGAAUGCAGAUGCCAAACGCCCAGCUUUGUCAGGAAUCUUCAGAUGUUGUUGCCAGUGGCCAGUCGAAAUGGAUGGAGCUACUGAAAACCCAAGCCAGGCCACUGGCAAAGCCUCAACUGUGUCUAGAAGAUGAGUCAAACUCAUCAAAGUGUGAGGUUUUGGCUUUGGAGAAUGGCACUGUGGCUUUGGAGGAUGUGCCAACUGCGCGGAAUGUUGGCACACAUGCCAAGCCUGGCAACCGCACGUGUCCAAAGCCUUCUGAGGGGGAAGGGUUAGAGCCAGAAGCCAAAAAACAAAAGAAAAGCUUUGCUAACCGGAACCCCCCAAAGAAUCCUGAGAGCCUUAUCAAAUGGCGUGCCAUGAAGCUUGCUUUCGAGAAUGCUGCUGACACAAAACUUCCAGCUUUCGAAGAGACUUCCUUCUACAAGUUUUGCCAGGGUCAGUGGAAGGAUUGCGUGUAUGAUGAAGAUAUGUACAAGAAGUCUGCGAUUGCUUUGCGCCAGCAAUGGAUGGCUACCAAGGGCUUGCCAGGAGCUCGCAGUGCAAGCUAG